AGGUCUCUAAAUCAAUUUUGGCCAGCACUAUUCAUAAUUCUGGCCACCAAAAGUAUUUCAAGCCAAGAUUCCACAAAAUAUUGCAUAGUUGAAGCUUGUAAAGGAGGAGUAGCGUCUGGAUGGAGGAAGAUAACUGACGAUAUACUUAGAAAAGCAGAAGCCAAGGAAACUUUGACUUCAUAUUAUGAAAAAGGUUUGAAAAAACGUAGAAUGAGUGAUAAUCUUUCUAUGUCUGAAAGUAUUAAGUUACUGGCUAACAUUAUUUUUCAAAGAGACGUUUUAGAAAAAAAUAGGUCUAUCGUUGAUUUUUCAUGGUUUAGGGCUUUUGCAGAAAAGGAAGAUAAGCGAUUAACUUCAUUUUUUAAUGAAAUUGAAGCAGCAGCUGAUGUGGACAAUAAGAACAAAGACGAAAGACAGGAACUCAAUCGAUCUCUAGCAUAUCAAUCAAUUGAUGCAUUCACGAAUGCUAGAAUUACGAUUACAUCUCAUUAUAUAAAUCGAAAAAAAGCUGAUAUGGCAGAAUUAUACGAUGAUUUAGUCGAUGUUGAAACUGAUGCUAUUCCGAUUCAUGGAUCAAAUGGCAUCUCAAUUCACAAUCCUACACUAAUAGAUUUUAAUAUUAUUUUAAAAUAUCUAGACGAAAAAUAUAUGAAACGUAUAGCAUUUACCUCCAAUGAAGUUUUCUCCUAUAACAUUCUAUUUGACAUGAGGUUAGAGGUAUUAUCUUUACAUUUGUAUGAUGAUCGAAUCAAGGCUCAGAAAGAGAAACGUAAGAUGAAAGACAGCAUGCUUUUUGAUUUUUAUAAGCAAGAGCUUAAAACUGUAGGCUCGAAAAGUAAAAUUAUCAAGACGGCUAAAGGAGAAAAUCAAUUUCGUCUUGCAGGUUUGAAUAUCGUGAUAAACAAAAAACAAAUGCCACUAGGGUUUAGUAGUGAUCAUAUCCCAGCAAGAGAUGAAUGUGACUAUUGCGACAUGUUUUUAAAUCUUGCAACUACAAACCCUAUUGUACUUGGUAUUCAACAAAAUAUUUCUUCUUUAAUUACACGAUUAACAAAGCAGGAUGACAAGGAUCUCAUGGAUGAUCAAGCACCUAAAAAUCGAAAAAAAAUUCAAAGAUACGAAAACUAA